CAGAGCUGUCAGCGCUCUGAAAGAUACAGACCAGUGAGAACAUUUGUCAGGGCUGGCUGAUAAGGCUCUCGUCAACGCUGCUUCAGUUUUCUAAUCAGUGAAGAGGCUGUGAGCGUUGUGUGUGAGGAUAAGUACACCUAUUUGAUACCUGAAUAGCACUCAGUUGCUACUUUCAGAGAAGCUGCAGUGCCACGCUGUAAUCAUGGGGAUGAAAGGCUUCCUCUUAGGCUGUGUGACCAUAGCCCUGCUCUUUGAGCUCUCCACUGCCGGCCUGGUCAAGAAGGUAAUCCGCCACCGUAGAGAUGCUCUGAUGCCUAAGAAAACCCAGGAGAACCUCACCCUGCCCCACCCUGACCAGCCAGUAGUGUUCAACCACGUCUACAACAUCAACGUCCCCUCCACGUCCAUCUGCUCUGUGGACCUCGACUCACCUGGAGGCACUGAGCUCAAACACAAAAGCGCCCCAAUGGACAUGCAGAACACUGAGCACAUUGAGCACACGGAGGAUGGCGACAAUCAGAUUGUUUUCACACAUCGCAUCAGUAUCCCCAAGCAGGCAUGUGGCUGUGACAACCAGCUGCCAGACAUCAAGGAUAUCCUGAACAGGCUCGAGAUGCUGGAGUCAGAGCUUUCUAGUCUGAGAGAGCAGUGCAGCAGUGGGGCAGGCUGCUGUGGAGCUCAAGUUACAGGUGAGGUGUCCACAAAGCCCUACUGCAAUGGCCAUGGGAACUGGAGCACUGAUACUUGCAGCUGCAUAUGUGAGCCUGGUUGGAAGAGCCCCAACUGCACUGAACCUGAGUGCCCCAAUGACUGCCAGGACCAGGGCCGCUGUGUGGAUGGCAAAUGUGAGUGUUUUGAGGGCUUUGGUGGGGACGACUGCAGCAUUGAGCUUUGCCUGCUAGACUGCGGCGACUAUGGCCACUGUGUAGACGGGUCCUGCCUCUGUGAGGAGGGCUUCAUUGGUGAGGACUGCACCCAGACCAACUGCCUCAACAACUGCCUCGGCCGCGGACGUUGUGUGGACGAUGAGUGUGUUUGCGACGAGCCAUGGACAGGUUUCGACUGCUCCGAACUCAUCUGUCCAAAUGACUGCUAUGACCGCGGACGCUGCAUCAACGGCACCUGCUACUGUGAAGAGGGCUACACCGGGGAAGACUGCGGUGAGCUCACUUGUCCUGGCAACUGUAACAACCGUGGCAUGUGCGUGAAUGGCCAGUGUGUGUGCCAGACUGGCUACAGUGGAGAGGACUGCUCAAAGCUCACCUGUCCCAAGAACUGCAAUGAGAGAGGCCAUUGCUUCAAUGGGAAGUGCAUCUGUGAUCCAGGAUUUGAGGGUGAAGAUUGCUCCAUCCUCUCAUGCCCUGAUAACUGCAGCAACAGGGGCCAAUGCAUUAAUGGAGAAUGUGUAUGUGAUGUAGGAUACCAAGGCGAAGACUGUAGUGAUCUCUCCUGCCCUAACAAUUGCCAAGACCGUGGCCACUGUGUUAAUGGACAGUGCAUAUGUGACAAAGGCUACUCUGGAGAGGACUGCAGCAUCAAGACCUGUCCAAAAGACUGCAUGGGACGUGGAGAGUGCAUAGACGGCAAUUGUAUGUGCUUCGUCGGCUUCAAGGGGAAAGACUGUGGCGAGCUGACCUGCCCCAAUGACUGCCUGGACCGUGGUCAGUGUGUCAACGGACAAUGUGUUUGUCAUAAGGGUUUCUCUGGGGAGGACUGCAGUGAGAAGGUCUGUCCAAAGAACUGUCUUGAUAGAGGUUACUGCGUCGAUGGCAACUGCAUAUGUUAUGAAGGUUUUACUGGGCUGGACUGCUCAAUACUGACCUGUCCAGAUGACUGCCACAACCAGGGGCGUUGUGAGAACGGAGUCUGUCUUUGUGAUGAGGGCUUCAUUGGGGAAGACUGCUCUGAUGGUAAGAUGGACUGUGCAUACAUGCUGUGCAAAUUUCCAUAGGUUCAUUACAGUUUUAAAAUAAUUAAUUCUUAGACAUGUGCUAUGUCUUUUUAUCAAACUCCCGGUGGUACUUUUUUGUGUUAAUGUAUAUUGCUAUAUUGUAAAUUCCUACAGUGAGCUUUUUCAACAUCACAGACUUAAGAUCAUAUCACAACACACAUCACUGAUUUUCAGUGUCUCUCCACAGUCUCACCACCCAAAGACCUAACAGUGGUGGAGGUCACCCCAGAAACGGUGGACCUGUCCUGGGAGAAUGAGAUGCGUGUGAUCGAAUACCUGAUCACGUAUGUGCCCACUGCCCCUGGGGGCCUGGAGCUGGACAUGCAGGUGCCAGGCGACCAGAAGAUGACCACUAUUCGGGAGCUUGAGCCUGGUGUUGAGUAUCUGAUCAGUGUCUAUGCUGUGCUCAACAACAAAAGGAGUGUUCCUGUCAGUGCUCGGGUGGCUACACAUCUGCCUGAACCCGAGGGACUCAAGUUCAAGUCAGUACGGGAGACGUCAGUGGAGGUACAGUGGGACCCGUUGGACAUUCCCUUCGAUGGCUGGAACCUCAUCUUCAGAAACACAAAAGAGGAGGAUGGUGAGAUUCUUAACUCCCUUGGCCAUCCAGAGACCACCUUUGAGCAGUCGGGCCUGGGCCCUGGCCAGGAGUACGAGGUCAAACUGGAGGUGGUGAAGAACAACAAGCGUGGACCACCUGCUUCCAAAAACGUUGUCACAAUGAUUGAUGCCCCCAGCCAGGUGGAUGUGCGGGACAUAACGGACACUACAGCACUGGUGACCUGGUUCCAGCCUGUCGCCGCUGUGGACGGGGUCACGAUCUCAUAUGGGCCCAGCUCCAACCCCGCUGAUCGCAACAUGGUAGAGCUGUCAUCCACUGACACCCAGUACCACCUGGGAGGCCUCACCCCCGACACCCACUACGAGGUGUCUCUGAUGGCUCGGAGGGGAGAACGGAGCAGCAUUCCUGUCUAUGACUCUUUCCUCACAGACCUGGACGCCCCCAGAGACCUGCAAACAGUGGAGCUGACAGAUGAGAGCAUUACUCUUGAGUGGAAGAACAGCCAAGCUCAGGUGGAUAACUACCGCAUCAAGUAUGGACCUUUGUCUGGAGGCGAGCAUGGAGAGCUGCUCUUCCUGCCAGGACCCAAGGACAGCACCCAGGCCAAGAUCAGCGGCCUGAGGCCUGGCACAGAGUAUGGGAUGGGUGUGACGGCGGUGAAGGAUGAGCGGGAGAGUCUGCCGACGACAAUCAACGCAGUGACUGCCCUGGAUUCUCCCAAGGACCUGACUGUUGCAGAGGUGACAGAGACCACCAUGAUGCUGGAGUGGAAACGGCCCUUGGCCAAACUGGACUCCUUCAGACUGGUUUAUGUAUCUGCUGAUGGCCACAGGGCUGAGGAGGUGGUCACAGGCAGCUCUGAGUCUCACACCCUGAGGGGCCUUACACCCGGCAUGCUGUAUACCAUCAGCAUCACUGCCGAGAGGGGCCGCAGAACCAGUGCACCCACCACCAUCUCAGCACCCACAGAGGAGGAGAAACCCAUGGUGACCAACGUCACCAUCACCGACAUAUCAUGGGACAGCUUCCUCCUAUCCUGGUCUGCUGAGGAUGGGGCCUUCCAGGCCUUUUUGGUUGAGGUGACCGAUGCAGAGACGGGCGCCGAGUGGCAAAACCACACGGUGCCCGCCGAUGCUCGCAGUCUCGCCGUCUCUGGCCUCUCCCCCGUCACCUGGUAUAGGGCCAAUCUGUACGGGUUGUACAGGGGAGGCCUCUUAGAUCCUGUCUUUGCUGACACCAUCACAGAGGCCGAACCAGAGGUGCAAGCUCUCCUAGUCUCUGAUGUCACCCCUGAGAGCUUUAGGCUGGCCUGGACAGCUGAAGAGGAUGCCUUGGACACCUUUGUCAUCAUGGUCAGCCAGGCUGAGGGCCCAGGCCAACCAAGAGAGCUGGUGCUGGGUGGCGAGGAACGAAGCACAACCAUCACAGACCUCACUGAGGACACAGAGUACAAUGUCGAAAUCUUUGGGCUCAUUUUGGGAAGACGCUCCAAGUCUGUAUUGGAGAGGGUGAGAACAGACCUGGGUUCACCCAAGGGCAUCCGCCUCUCUGAUGUCACUGAUACGUCUGCCACUGUUCACUGGGUGGUUCCUCGAGCUCGGGUGGACAGCUACAGGGUCACUUAUGUACCUGCUCAUGGAGGUAAUGCUAGGACGCUGACAGUGGACGGCUCUGAGUCUCACACGGUGCUGCCCAACCUCACCCCCGGGGUCACUUAUGAGGUCACUGUCAUUGCUGUGAAGGGUCAGCGGGAGAGUGAGCCGGGCUCAGACAGCGUCACCACAGCUCUGGAUAAGCCCCGUGGUCUGACUGCAGUCAACAUCACAGACACUGAGGCUCUGCUGCUGUGGCAGCCCGCCAUCGCUACCGUAGACGGCUAUGUCAUCACCUAUAGUUCAGACUCAGUGGCUCCAGUAAUGGAGCGUGUGUCAGGAAACGUUGUGGAGUUUGAGAUGAGCUCUCUGACGCCAGCAACACACUACACUGUGAAAGUCUAUGCUGUGAGGGACUUGGCCAAGAGUGCAGCCACGACAACUGAGUUUACCACUGAUGUGGACGCCCCUCAAGACCUCGCAGCCAGCAACAUCCAAACGGAGAACGGCAUGCUAACCUGGAAGCCGCCUCGUGCUGACAUCACCGGAUACAUCCUCAGCUUUGAGUCUGCAGACGGCACCGUCCGGGAGGUCGUCCUAAGUCCCACUGCUGUCUCCUAUAACAUGGCUCAGCUCAGCGCCUCCACAGAGUAUUCAGUCAAGCUGCAGGCUAUUGCUGGUCCUAAGAGAAGCAGAGUCAUCACUACUGUCUUCACCACCACGGGUGUGCUGUACAGGUACCCCAGGGACUGCUCCCAAGCCCUACUGAAUGGCGACACUUCAUCAGAUCUGUACACCAUAUAUCUGGGUGGAGAUGAGAGCCAGCCAAUCCAGGUGUACUGCGACAUGAGCACUGAUGGAGGUGGAUGGAUCGUUUUCCUCAGACGCCAGAGUGGUAGACUAGAGUUUUUCCGCAACUGGAAGAAUUACACCGCUGGCUUCGGUGACAUGAACGAUGAAUUCUGGCUGGGUCUUUCCAAUCUGCAUAAGAUCACAGCUGGAGGUCAGUAUGAGCUGCGAGUUGACCUGCGAGAUAAGGGAGAAACAGCCUACGCUCAGUAUGACAAGUUCUCUGUCUCUGAGCCUCGCACUCGCUACAAAGUCCACGUAGGAGGAUACAGUGGAACAGCAGGUGACUCUAUGACCUACCACCACGGGCGUCCAUUCUCCACUUAUGACCACGACAACGACAUCGCCGUCACAAACUGUGCCCUGUCCUAUAAGGGAGCAUUCUGGUAUAAAAACUGCCACCGUGUCAACCUCAUGGGACGAUAUGGAGAUAACAGUCACAGCAAGGGAGUGAACUGGUUCCACUGGAAAGGCCAUGAGCACUCGAUCGAGUUCGCAGAGAUGAAGAUCAGGCCAUCCAACUUUAGAAACCUGGAGGGGAGGAGGAAACGAUCAUAAAUGAUCCACCACCAACACACCAACAACAACAACACUGAUACCACUCUGUCUGGACUCCCCAUGAACCACUUUGACUC